GCUAAGAAAUGGCAUUUAAGAAGGCAGUAAAAGGGACAAUUCUUGCUGGAGGAGGUGCUCUUGCAACUAUCCUAGGCCUCUCUCAGUUUGCCCAUUACAGAAGGAAGCAAAUGACCCUGGCCUAUGUUAAAGCAGCCGAGAACAUUUCAGAACCAGUGAACAAGGACCCUCCUUCCCGAGAAGCUCAGAUACUGACUUUGAGAAACACGCCUGAAUUCGAUGUCCUUGUCAUUGGAGGAGGAGCGACAGGGUGUGGCUGUGCACUAGAUGCUGUCACCAGAGGACUAAAAACAGCCCUUGUAGAAAGAGAUGAUUUCUCAUCGGGGACCAGCAGCAGAAGCACUAAAUUGAUCCAUGGUGGUGUGAGAUAUCUUCAGAAGGCUAUCAUGAAGUUGGAUAUUGAGCAGUAUAGGAUGGUAAAAGAAGCCCUUCACGAGCGCGCCAACCUACUAGAAAUUGCUCCCCAUUUAUCAGCUCCGUUGCCUAUAAUGCUUCCAGUUUACAAGUGGUGGCAGUUACCUUACUACUGGGUAGGAAUCAAAAUGUACGACCUGGUGGCAGGAAGUAACUGCCUGAAAAGCAGUUACAUCCUCAGCAAAUCGAGAGCCCUGGAGCAUUUCCCAAUGCUUCAGAAGGACAGGCUGGUAGGAGCAAUUGUCUACUAUGAUGUUUCUUCCACAGGACAGGAAUUUGAUGUGAGAGCCAAGUGUGUUAUCAAUGCCACGGGACCUUUCACAGACGCCGUGCGCCAAAUGGAUGAUAAGGACGCCGCAACUAUCUGCCAGCCGAGUGCUGGGGUCCAUAUUGUGAUGCCUGGUUACUACAGCCCAGAGAGCAUGGGACUUCUUGACCCAGCGACCAGUGAUGGGCGAGUUAUUUUCUUCUUACCGUGGCAAAAGAUGACUAUAGCUGGCACUACCGACACUCCAACUGAUAUUACACACCAUCCUAUUCCUUCGGAAGAAGACAUCAACUUCAUUUUGAACGAAGUGCGUAAUUACCUGAGUCAUGAUGUUGAAGUGAGGAGAGGGGAUGUCCUGGCAGCGUGGAGUGGUAUUCGUCCCCUUGUGACAGAUCCUAAGUCUGCAAACACUCAGUCCAUCUCCCGGAAUCAUGUUGUGGAUAUCAGCGAGAGCGGCCUCAUCACGAUAGCAGGGGGAAAGUGGACAACCUAUCGCUCUAUGGCAGAAGAUACCAUCAAUGCUGCUAUCAAGGCCCAUAAUUUGAAAGCAGGACCAAGUAGAACAGUUGGGCUUUUUCUUCAAGGGGGCAAAGAUUGGAGCCCCACCCUCUACAUCAGGCUUGUCCAGGAUUAUGGCCUGGAAAGUGAGGUGGCACAGCAUCUUGCCUCCACCUACGGGGACAAGGCCUUUGAGGUGGCCAAAAUGGCAAGUGUGACUGGAAAAAGGUGGCCCAUUGUUGGAGUGCGUCUGGUGUCAGAAUUUCCAUACAUUGAAGCAGAGGUGAAAUAUGGGAUUAAGGAGUAUGCCUGCACCGCGGUGGAUAUGAUUUCACGUCGCACUCGCCUGGCUUUUCUAAAUGUCCAGGCAGCGGAGGAAGCCCUACCCAGGAUUGUUGAGCUGAUGGGCAGAGAAUUGAAUUGGAAUGAUGCUAAAAAACAGGAAGAACUUGAAACAGCUAAGAAGUUUCUGUAUUUUGAAAUGGGUUAUAAAUCUCGAUCAGAACAGUUAACAGAUCACUCUGAAAUUACCCUGCUGCCUUCAGACGUUGACAGGUACAAGAAGAGAUUUCAUAAGUUUGAUACAGACCAAAAGGGCUUUAUUACCACUGUUGAUGUUCAGCGUGUAUUAGAGAGUAUCAAUAUCCAAAUGGAUGAAAACACACUACAUGAAAUUCUGAAUGAAGUAGAUUUGAACAAAAAUGGACAAGUUGAACUCGAUGAAUUUUUGCAGCUGAUGAGUGCUAUUCAGAAAGGAAGGGUGUCUGGAAGCCGGCUGGCGAUCCUACUGAAAACGGCGGAAGAGAACCUGGAAAGAAGGGUUCCCAUUCCGGUGGACAGAAGUUGUGGAGGAUUGUGAGUGUGAGCAGUGACUCCUCGGCCAACACACAUAGGAACAACAAAUCAUCAUGUGACAACAGUUAUGAAAUACAACACUCCAAAAUAGUGGAUAUGGAUAGCUGCUUUUUUUUUUUUUUUUAAACACUGGGAAACAUUCCAAAACUUUAGGAUGUUGAUGUAUACCCCCUCUUUGUAUUUGCCACUCACUCUCGCUUUUAAAAAGUGUAUUUUAUCCCUUUUCCUCAUUUUCGAUGCACCCUGCCUUAAUGUUUUGUAUCCAUUUUGUGACCGAUUAGACUGGACAUGCUCUCUUUUUGUGUAUUUGUUCAUUUAUUCUAAUUCAAUUCUAGUGGCAGAAUGCUUUGGCUGAAACCGAAAAAAGGAGCUGGAAGAAUUUUGUAACAUACCCAAAGCUCUGGACGUUAAGCUUGUAGAUAGAUAGUAUUUGUUCUUAAAAGAAAUGGAGCUGAGAGUGGCCUAUUAAGAGAAGACCUCUCAACCACUCCUUCCUCCAGCUUGUCUGUCUUCCCUCUCCAAACCGUCGCACAAUUUUCUAUGUAGAGCAUGACUGGCAAAGCUAGAGAGGGAAGGAAACAUUUAGAUCUGGUUACAGGAGCAAGUCUGAAAGAGAAACUCCGAAAGCUUCCAGAAUCACAGGUAUAAGAUAAGGAUAGCAUUGACAUUUCUGGGAGUUACAGUGAUAGUUUCAUCUCAGCAAUUCGUUGUGGUUUUUUUUUCCUCCUUCAGUCACUGCUGGUUUUUCUUUGACUAUUAGAGUUGCCAGGAAGAUUCUUGCUGUUUUAACUUUAAAACCGGCAUUUCAGUGGUAAGUUAGAUGUAAUGGGAUGAGACUGAAUUUCUCAAAUCUUUACAGGAGUAAUUAAUACAUUUAAGGGUUAAAAACCUGUGUUUAUUAAAGAUCCACAUAUGAUAGCACAAUUUUUAAUCCCCAAAUCCUAAAUGUUAGAGCGUGUGGUAUUGUCAGAGCUGACCUGUUUUGCUUGGUUUACUGCAUCCUUUUGGGGGAGUAUUUGUAAACAGACAGCAAUGAGGAUAGAAAUAACCCUUCAGUAACUUUAUAAUUAUUUGUAAAAAGGCACAACACUCAAGGUCCUUUAGGUUACCUAAAGCCUCUCUCAUUCUGUACUCAGUGGAAAAGUUCUUAAUCAACCAAAAAGAAACAGAAAAAUAUAAAACCACACAAACAUACACUCACACACAUUCCCCCAGCACACAUACACACACAGAGAGACACAAAACAAACAAAAAUCCAAUCUGUAUUUCAUUUCAC